CGUGCUUAUUCUACUCGAGAUUUUAGGGAAGUUUCGGAAUCGAUGUUUCUCGCGAAGAAAUGAUAGGAGGAGCGACGAUUCGUCUCAAGCCCCUUCGUCGCUUCUCGCGUGAUUACAUAACAAUUGAAAUAACUUUAACCUUCGAGCGCAAAAAAAUUAAUCAACCAAUGCAUUCGUAGAGUUUUAAUGGGUGCUAAAACAUCCAUUGGAACCUUGAUUAGGCGCAACGUGAUCAGUGUGCUAUUCCCUACGUUCGCGGUGGUUACAAUCACUGCAGAUUUGAGACGCACGGCUCGCUGGAAGCGUCAACUCGCCGAGCAACAGGAACACUAGGAUCGCAAUAUAAAUUCGCAAAAUGUGGAAAUAUUAUUGGCCGCUCAUCUUUCCUUUCGCAGGCUUUAUGAUCGGACAUAAACUAGAUCACAUGGAGUCGGAGCGCUUUUCAAUGUUCAGAGACAAAUCAGCGUUAUAUGGUAGAGAAUUGAAGCCUGGAGAGCCACCCUCUUGGGGCUAUUAAUUUACAUAUAUUAAUUUCAUGUUUAUCAUGCAUCGUCGAAUCUUAGGUAAUUGCAGAAUUAAUUCUAUGUAAAUUAAGAAAUAAAUAUACUCUGCUAGUGAAAUCGCAAAAGGAUCAUAAGGUGACAAAUGUAUCUCGUUAAUAUAUAUGCGCAAUAUAAAUCAUGA